AUGUCGGCUGUGACAGCUUUUGUGUCCCCAACAACAAGGCGACCAUUGCAGCUACUUCUCCCAUUUCCUAGGGAAAAAAAUGCGCUGGGUGUUGCCACGACAGCAGCAGUAGUUCUAGUCUGUUGCACGCUUCAAUAUCUCAAAGGGACAAAUAUUGUAUUUGCAACGAGGGACUCUCAGUGGGCGAGGUAUGGGUUGACUGGCGGGUACAACGCAACCCACCGCCUAUCGACAUUCCCAUCUUCCAGCGCAAGAGAAACACGGGUAGCCCGGUCCGGAGUGUGGCCGGUCAGCGAGGUGCAAACAAUCUGGGAGCAAACACUGGCGCCAGGUAUUAUACGAAAUUCAUUGACAACGAGUGGCCAGACAAAAAUAUUCACUGCCCAACACCCCAGACAGGAAACAGUGCUCAGUUUUCUCCCAUUCAUCGACAAACACGUCGACAAAGCUACCUUGGAUCAAAAUUCCGAGAGAAAUUUUCAGCUAAUUGCUAGUCGUCGGCAGAGCCCAUCCAAAGAUCGUGACAACACGCAAACAGCCAUUGUUAGCCCAAACGAGACGUCGAUACCGCGAGCAGCUUCGGAGUCGCGGGUGGCUGGUCUUGUCAAGGCGGCGGAGGUUACCCACGUGUUCUUCCUGAAGGUGCACAAGGCGGCCAGUACCACGGUGAUGAACAUUAUCUACCGCUUCGCCUUGUCCCGGAAUCUCACCGUCAUGCUACCGCGAAGGUCCAACAGCUUCUCGCAGGUUAGUAAGGCUUCGACUUCGGCCUUGAUCCAAACAGCUUUGGCAAGGGUGAGUACCUGGAAGCGGCGCGCUGCAGUAUCUGGACAAGACUUUGACCUGGUGAUGGUCAGCGAGAGGUUCGACGAGUCCGUGGUGCUGAUGAAGCGGCUGCUGGGCUGGGGGUGGAAGGACAUCUUGUACACCCGGAACAACGCGCUUCCUGGAAACGAAACGGCACGCAUGAUGUCACUGAAGACGAGAAACGUAACCACAGAAUUCACAACGCCGCCGACUACGCGCUGUACGAACACUUCUCCGCAGUUUUCGACAAAAGAGUGGUGGACAUGGGGGACGAUUUCACCCAGGAGGUCGCUUCCUUUCGAACAGCGCUGCUGACGGUCGAGGCGUUUUGCAAGAACGGAGUCCAGGGCGACCUGGAGGUGGGAAAGACCACGUGGGAUCCGGGCUUUGUGGUCGGCAGAGCGGAGUGUGCGUACAUGCAGAUGCCCGAGAUGGAGUUUGUAGAGCUGGUUAGAAGACGGCAAGCAUCCAAAUUCAGGACACAUCUUCGACGCCGUAAACCAUUUGUACUAGAUGGCUUUUAACCAGCGUUUUUGGUCGGUAGUUUGUCCAUUGUUCCCCAUGGCAUUCAAUUCAGAAGCACUUGCUGUACGAGUAAAUUUCCUGGAGACGUGCGCAUGAUCUGGCGCUUCCUUGUUUUCCGCGAAAGUGAUGGAAUGCUGGGUCAUCUUUUAUUUUCAAAAAUCUGUACAUGUAGAACACUUUUAUCAUUACCUCAAUAAAUCGUUACACGUCGAACACAAUGCAUUAAUUAAUUAAUCUUCAAAUAUUACAAAACACUCAAACAGUUUCAGCAACAUCUUUGUUUUGCUGGUGGUACUUCGGAGUCUGAAGAAUAAGUCUGAUUUGACAGGUUUCUUUCAAAGCUGUUUCCAAGAAGGAACAUUUGUUCUGUUUGUUUUGAAGCACCCAAAAGGCCCCGGUUUUAAUAACACGCAGUCAGUAUUUUCGCAUGUAUAUUCUUCUUUUUUGCUGUCUUUCGGAGUAAAUAGUCCUGGGGACAUAUGUGAUAUUCUUAAGAUACUCAACAUUUCUUGCUCAAAUAAACUUUUAU